AUGUCUCAUAGUGAAAAUCUCCACCAAAUAUCUAUUCGACAGAAGAAGCCUCAAAAACUGAAAAACGAUUUUAAAAACGAUCACACCUGUAUGCCUGCCGAUCGAGGAGAUUCCAUCCCUCAUCUAACUAAACAGUUGAAAGAUUCUACAUGGAAAACAUCUAUAGAAAAUGUUUCAAUGGAAAAUAUCUCAGUUAAAAACGACAAUACCAGUAAAGAAUAUAGUCUAACUAGAAAGAAACCAAUGAAACCACUGCCUGAAACUAUGCUACAAAACAAACGAAUCAAUGGAUCUGGAAAACUAGUUUUCGACGAUGAAGGAAAUCUACUCAGUGUACCUAAAUUAUAUCCAGUCAAUAAGAGGCAAGAUGAAUCAUUCACGACUGAUUCACAUUCAAAUGAAAGUGAUAAUAAUAUUUUGGGAAAUAAAAUUCCAAUUCAAUGGCGUUUCGUAUCAGAGUCGUACUGUAACAGUGCAAAUAACAAUCAGUUUGGCAUAAAAAUGAAUAGUAAAUUAAGAACAGCCAGAUCGUCCAUAUCGAAUUUUUCAAAUAAAGUGAGAACAAGAAAUCGUAGUUUAGAUUUAACUGGUGCCACAGUUACACCUGAUGUAAUACGUCUACAAAAAAUUAAGAAUGCAUGUAUCAAUUUGCCAAAUACCAUUGAUCUGGUUGAUUUAGUGGCUGGAGUGACAAUAUCUGAUGGGGAACAUUUAAAAAUUGGUCAGUUAACGAAUGAACAGUUCACGUCAAUAUUGAAUACAAACUGGAAUAAUCUCGACGAAAUUCCACCAGUUAAAGCGAAUUAA